AGGCGAGCUCCUCAUGCGUGAGUCUGAUCCACCCGCCAUCUGGGGAAGUGAUGCUCAUACCAUCCAGUAUGUAGAUGCUGCGACAGGGCUGGGACUGCCAAGUGCUGCUGUCACCAUAGUCCACCUCGUCACUCAUGGUCGUUGUAGGUCGUUGAACAAUGGCUCUUGAUCUGCGGGAAGCUGAUACAAGCAUGUUCAAGUGAGAGAUGGAGCUUGAGCGUGCCUGUAUAUGGCAUCAGAGGGUCAUUUGAGCACGCACUGCGAUGGAUGGACCUCGGCGGUGUUGUUUAUGCCAAGGUCAGGAGUAUCGGGCCGUUGUUGAGGGAAGCAGGAGAGCAUGGCAAGGACAGCAGCGUAGAGCAGAGUGGAUCAGAGUCUGGACCCUCGAGUGUGCGCUGGAGGGGGAGCAAACAGGACGAGAGAGAGGGAGAGAAAGGGAAAGAAAAAAGGGAAAAAGGAGACAAGCAAACAGCACACACACACACAGCAGCUUUUAUCAAGUCAGCAGUGACUCAGCACACAAGACAGGGGAGAGAGGCAGGCGAGAGACACAGAGCAGGACUAUACCUGUGCUGCUCUAUACAACGGUGCUACUCUUGCUCAGGUCAGGCGCCAAUCUCAUGACACGCCCUGUCCGACUGUGUGACUUGUGCGCUGUACACUCGCACAGUCGUAGGAGUACUCUAGCUAGACACUCUCUCUAUACCUGUACACCCUAUCUAAGCACUCUCUAUGAUACAGAGCAGGAUUGAGGCUGUGGGUGUGUCUGCUGUUUGAUGACGAUGCUCUCUCCUCCUCGAUCUCUGUCUACUUAAGCAGCACACCGCCCACUCUCCUCUCCCUUCCCCCGAACCACACACUCCUCCUACUGCCACUCG